AUGCGUUUCUUACAUUCCUCCAAUUUUCUCUUGCUCCUCGCAGCAGCUGCGACAGCGACCGCCGCCGAUACCUCGACCACCUCGACUACAACGAGCGUGCCGGCAUGCACGGCAGCUUCGAAGAGCGGAUCCGGAGGGCCCUUCUACGACCUGCGUCCAGACAUCGCAGUCAAGGCUGAGGAUGGCAAGUCAUCCAAGGGAUCCGUCACGACAGACUACCACGCUAGAGGCUGGGACUAUGGCAAGAACUUCACUCUGAACAUCUGCGCGCCUGUCAUCGACUCCGUCGAAGAUGUGGUGGGGUUGCGCCCUGGCGAGUCCAAGAACGUCAGCGCAUACUACAGAUAUAAAACCGAGAUCUUCUCCAUCGGUCAGACAAAUAUGGAUAUCCAGACUCGCGGGCGCAUUCUGGUUCUCCAGUACAAGAACGGCUCUCCAUGCGGCGAAAGCAAGUCGAAGAGAUCGAUGACCCACGACGGCGCUUCCUACAACAGGUACACCGACGACGAAGACAGGACGCUCAUUGCGGCAUCGGGCGAUGGCAAGAAGACGAUUUCCGUCGAGAAAGACGAUACAACGACUCGUCGCAAGUCUGCGACCAUCUCCUUCCACUGCGACACGGAGCAGGUUGGUGGAGCAGCCCACAUUUCUUUCGUCGGCUCAGAUCCCGAUGAUUGCGCCUACUUCUUCGAGGCUCGUUCCCAGCACGCCUGUCCGAGAGCCGAGCCCCACCAGCCCGGCAGCGUUGGUCCCGGAAGUGUCUUUGCUAUCAUCUUCGUCAUCGCCGUGAUGGUCUACUUUGGCGGAGGCGUGUUCUAUCAGCGGACUGUCGCCCACGCCCGUGGCUGGCGGCAGCUGCCUAACUACAGUCUCUGGGCCGGCAUUUGGGGGUUUGUCAGUGAUAUGUUCGUCAUUGCGACGUCGUCGUGUGCCCAGCUUCUGCCUGGGAGGCGCGGCUACCGUCACCUCUCUGGGUCACCUAGCAGAGGACGCAACCGCGAAGACGAGAAUCGGUUGAUAGACCAGCUCGACGAGGAGUGGGAUGACUAG